AUGCUUCCCAUUCAGCCCGAGUCAAAUCUGGUGAAUGUCAUUAUCCCCCAGGCAGAACCGAAAAUGUUCGCUCGCGAACAGCGCAUUACGAGGGGUGGUAGACAUUUAUGGUACCAAUUGGACGUUCUGCAGCAGCCCGAACGUGCGAGAGCAUGUGGUUCCGGACCCAAGUCUUCUGCCGACCGUCGGCCAGUCGAUCCGCCGCCUGUUGUGACCCUGAGGGUCUUUGAAGGAGAGCAUUUCGAAGGUGCCAGGGAUAUCACGUUCGACUACAAUGUCGAUUUCUUCUGUUACGCCUCACUUGAGCAUGCCCGCCCCAUGGCCCACGGCAGGGUGCAAACCCCGGCAGCCACAUCGCCUCCCGUACUUACCGGAUUCCCAGUAUCAGGAUGCUGUUAUCUCGACCGACCCGACCCAGCUGGAUACUUUUUAUUCCCGGAUCUUUCAGUUCGCCACGAAGGACGUUAUCGCUUGGUGUUUAGUUUGUACGAGUUGAUUAAAGAGGAGCAAGACCAGGACCGAGAUGCGCCCCUUCCAGAUCACGAUGAUGGGAUGUCAGAUCUUAGUGCAGGAAAUGCCAACCACCGAAUGGAUCUCAGGUCAUCAGACUUUAUUGUCUAUAGUGCGAAGAAGUUUCCCGGAUUAACCGAGAGUACCUCACUGAGCCGUACGGUUGCCGAGCAAGGUUGCCGAGUCCGUAUCCGUCGAGAUGUUCGCAUGAGACGUCGCGACACCAAGGCAUCUGCAGCUAGCGAAUAUGACAAUAAUGCGGAAGAGGAGUACGCUCGACGUCAGAGACAUAGAACACAGACUCCCGAAGCCUAUCGUGCUCGGUCUAUGAGUAACUCGAGUAUGGAUCGUGCCUCAUAUGCACCGGAGCACCCGCGGCGCCCUUCGAAUGCAGAAUAUGGCCCUCCACCACCAUUAUAUCAAAAUAGCCAAGCUCCUUCGACUAUGCUCAAUUUCGGACAUGGUGGAAAUACAGGAUUCGCUCAGCCUUACGGACCUGCACCAUCUUCUAGCCAAUCGACUCCUGUGUCUCCUGCGGCAUCGAUAUUCCCUCAGAGCAAUAACUUCCCACCGCCGCCGCCGUCACCUAGUUAUGCACCUCCGGGCUAUCCCCAUUAUGAAUCCCCUGUUAGUGAUCCAGAUCUUAGGAGAAGAUCUUCAUCUAGUUACUCGACAAUCUCGGCCAAACCAACGGCUCCGUAUCCACUAUCCCGAGCACCUGCUCGGCCGCCUACCUCCUCUUCCGUCGGGCCUAUGCCUCCACUUUCUGCUAUAAUCGCAAGCCCGAAAAUGUCUCCAAAUUAUUAUCCCGAUCGUUCCGGCUCAAUAUCGGCACUUCCUAGACCGAUGUACCCGCAGAUCGAAUCUCGACCUGUGAAGCGCUCAAUCGAUGAGCUCACAUCUAAUUCCCAACAGGGUCGUAACGUCAACGGCGAUCGUCCUUCGAUAGACUAUCCUGGAGUUCCGUUUUAUAGACGGGCUGAUGGCUCGCAGCGGCCAGCCGCAUUCCCCGAUUCCAUCGCGUAA